AUGUUUAUAUUAGGAUUGGAUAUUGAAGAUUUGUCAGAGAAAAAGGAUGGAUAUUAUGGUAGUUGUUCUUUGACGUCUUGGCCAAGGAACAUUGUUCUACCUAUCGGUAUUAAAACUAAAGAUGAACAAGGAGAGUGGAAGGAAAUAAGCAUACCACACAGCACCAGGUCAAUCAUUUGCGUUAACUUGCCUUGCUUUCCAGAUAGACCAAAUGUUAAAAAAAAAUAUAGAAACUUUAAAGAUCCUUUUGUAGAUGAUGGGCUUCUUGAAGUUAUUUGUUUUAAAGAUGCAUGGCAUGGAAAUGAUUUUCUUCCUUCCAAAGAUCGAGGGGAAUGUCUUGUGCAGGUGGAAACAAUCCGCUUUGAGCUUUACAAUAGUGCAGUCAACAAUAUCCAUAUGAGCAUUGACGGGAAUAGAUGGAAACAUCCUCUCCCUAUUGAGGACGACAAUAAGGUGAUUGAGAUCUAUCAUUCAGGAAAAACAAAGGUGGUUGUAAAUUCCAACUCAAGAUGCAAAUUCAAAUUGCCCGAUGAGUGAUAUUGAAUGUCUUCCAAAGAGUUGAGUGGUGUUCUCAGUCCAUGCCAAAACAAUCUAGUUGUAUUACUUUUAUAGUGAGUAAAUAUUUCAUAUAAUUGCUA